CUAAAAUUUCAGAUCUUUUUGUAUUUUUUGUGGAUACGCUCGCCGGAGCUGUGAUUUUCGCCUCUCUCUCUCUCUCUCUCUCUCUCAACUCAAAUCUUUCUCUAUAAUCACCAGAUCUGUAUCAAUCUUCAUUACUAUUUCUAUUUCUAUCUCUAUCUCUAUAUCUAUCCUCCUAUCGCCUUUCCUUCAUUUCCGCAAUUCUUUUCUGUAAUUAUAGUUAUGUAAAGGAUGUUAAAGUUAGGGUUUACGGCGGUGUAAUUUGAAAAUUUGAAGUUAUAUAAACUUGUAUGUUAACCUGAUAUAGCCCGGGCGUAAGGCUCGGGAUCCAGAAUAAUGAAUUUAGAGAAUCAACAGCAGCAUGAUUGGAUCACAGAAGUUCCUAAAGUUAAAAAUGCUUAUUUGCAGAAAUUCAGACUCUACGAGACUCGUUCGAACUUUUAUAUGAUUGGAUGGAACAAGAAUGGAUCAGCUUGGAGAGUGUUAAAGAUUGACAGGUCAGAACCUACCGAGCUAAAUAUUACUGAAGAUCCCACAACCUACACUGAAAUUGAAUGCUGUGAACUGCUAAAGCGUGUUCAUGAAGGAAAUAAGUCAACUGGGGGGCUUAGAUUUGUUUGUGUUUGUUAUGGAAUUGUUGGCUUCAUAAAGUUUUUGGGACCUUACUACAUGCUGCUUAUUACAAAAAGAAGGAAAAUUGGUAUAAUCUGUGGUCAUGCGAUAUAUGCUAUUACCAAGAGCGAGAUCUUGGCAAUUCCCAAUUCUACUGUUCAACCCAGUGUCACUUACACUAAGAAUGAGAACAGAUACAAGAAGCUUCUAUGCUCGGUGGAUCUCACAAAGGACUUCUAUUUUAGCUACUCGUACUGUGUUAUGCAUAGUUUUCAAAAGAACUUGUCUACUCAUGAGACAGGAAAUGAAACAAUGUUUGUUUGGAACGAGUUCUUAACGAGCACAAUCCACAAUCAGCUUAGGAAUAAUCUCUGGACGGUGCAACUAGUUUAUGGCUACUUCAAACAGGUUAAACUCUCAAUAGCUGAAAAGGACUUCAACUUGACCCUCAUUGCCAGACGUUCUCGCCAUUAUGCUGGAACCAGGUAUUUAAAACGAGGAGUAAAUGAGAAGGGUCGUGUUGCCAAUGAUGUUGAAACUGAACAGAUUGUAUUUGAAGAUGUACCUGAAGGAUUCCCAGUGCAAAUAAGCUCUGUUGUCCAAAAUCGAGGUUCAAUACCUCUGUUUUGGUCCCAGGAAACGUCACGAUUAAAUAUUAAGCCUGAUAUUAUAUUGUCGAACAAGGACCCCAAUUAUGAUUGCACUAGACUUCACUUUGAGAAUCUUACCAAAAGAUACGGAAAUCCAAUAAUCAUAUUGAAUUUGAUCAAGACCAAGGAAAAGAGACCCCGAGAAUCCCUCCUCCGCGUGGAGUUUGCUCAUGCUAUCGAGUUGAUUAAUAGAGAUUUGCCUGAAGAAAGUCGUUUAAAGUUUCUCCAUUGGGAUUUAAACAAAUAUUCCAGAAACAAAUCUACAAAUGUGCUGGCACUUUUGGGCAAAGUAGCAACCUAUGCAUUGAACCUAACUGGCUUUUUUUAUUGUCAAGUAAUCCCCAAUUCGAAGUCCCUAGAGCUGUUAAAUCUUUCCAGGGAUGACAAUGGUCACAGUUGCAAUUUCGAGAUCGAGGAAAGUGAUGCUGAGAACUUUAAAACUGGCCCUAAUAAGAGUGGCGAUAGUGGGAAUUUAAGUUUCAAGCCUCCUACAUAUCAGACUGGGGUCCUAAGAACAAACUGUAUAGAUUGCUUAGAUCGCACAAAUGUUGCUCAAUUUGCCUAUGGUUGGGCUGCACUUGGUCGUCAACUGCACACUAUAGGAUAUAUCGAUACCCCAACUAUUGAGCUUGAUUCAAAUCUAGCAGAUGAUUUGAUGAGGAUUUAUGAGAAAAUGGGUGACACUUUAGCACUACAAUAUGGUGGUUCUGCAGCGCACAAUAAGAUAUUUUGUCAGAGAAGAGGGCAAUGGAAGGCUGCAACUCAGUCCCAGGAAUUCUUUAGAACUCUACAACGUUACUACAGUAAUGCAUACAUGGAUGCCGAAAAGCAAGAUGCUAUUAAUGUGUUCCUUGGUCACUAUCAGCCACAAAUGGGUAGACCUGCACUCUGGGAAUUGGAUUCAGAUCAGCAUUAUAAUGUUGGUAGCCAAGGGUCUGAUGUUUUUGCAGAAAGAUCUAGGAUUAUUAGGAGGUCGUUAUCUGUGGGCAACAUUCUCUAUGAUGGCAAUAUUCACCGUGACGGGAGUUCUUCUAUUGGAACUGCUCAAAAUAAUGAAGAUACCUUAAAUGAAAUCUCUUCUGAAAGUGAUUCGACUUAUCCAAGGUAUACAAACUCAACAUCUAGGCCAAAUCUUAUAUCUGAAGAAAUUCCCAACAGUGAUCGCAUAUUUUACAACAAGGAUUCUUUUAACUGCUCAAAUUUUCUCGACGUUGACUGGCUUUCCUCAUCUGGAAACUCAUGUGAAGACGAAACUUAUGAAAGGUCAACACUUGUAGGGUCCCCUAUGGGCGGUCAAUCAUCUGAAAAUGUAGUAAAUGAACUGUGCGCUUUUGCUAGUGAUUCUGAAAUGUCUCCUAAUAUAAAGGAUGGUAGAAAACCAAUUGGAGGUGGGUUCUCCGAUAGAUUUGCAGAAUGGGUAACCCAUGGGGAUAUUUUUCCUUGAUCAGUUUUGCCAACAAAAAACCAAAAAACUAAAACAAAAAAAAAAAAUAAAAAAAUACGGAGUAUCACCUUACCCAUAAGCCAUUAUAUCCAGUCAUCCCGUCCUAAGGAUGUGGGUUGCAAAGCACAAAUAAAUGGUAAGAGCAUACCAUAAGAGAAACAAAAGGAGCUGCACACUUAUAUUGAAGUUAUAAAACACCCAACAAAAUUCAACUAGCUAACCCUUGUAAAAAUUGAUAUUAAAAAGCAUAAGUGAAACAGUCAAAAUUUUAGUACAGGUACAAAGGCUAAAAGAACAAUAGCUGGUUUUUUCAUAAUUUGAAUCUUUGUAAAUAGUUUUUGAUUAAUUUAGUGAGACUGGAGAUUCUUUUGAUAGUUUGAUUAUAUGAUUGCUGUUCA